AUGUUUAUUCCUCAUAAAAACCAGGAAAUAAGUCAUAUAUAUGAAAGAAACAAUGAAGCUACACUUUAUAUAGCAAAUUUAGAUACCCAAGUGGACGAAGAGAUCUUGUGUGAACUGUUCAUGCAGUGUGGUAAUGUGAAGAAUGUCCACAUACCAAGGGACAAAAUCAAUGGGCAUCAUUCGGGGUACGGAUUCGUCGAAUACGAAUAUGAGUACGAGUGUGAAUACGCAGGGAAAGUGCUAAACAUGACAAAGCUAUUUGGAAAAGCGUUAAGAUGUAACAAGGCAUCUCAAGAUAAAAGGUCAUAUGAUGUUGGAGCCAAUUUAUUUAUAGGAAAUUUAGAUGCAGAAGUAGACGAAAAGAUGUUAUUUGAUAUAUUUUCAUCCUUUGGUCAAGUAGCAACAGUAAGAAUAAUGCGAAAUGAAGAUGAUACAUCAAAAGGACAUGGGUUUAUAUCAUAUGAUAAUUUUGAAUCGAGUGAUAUGGCAAUAGAAAAUAUGAACAAUCAGUUUAUAUGUAAUAAAAAAGUACAUAUAUCCUAUGCUUUUAAAAAAGAUACAAAAGGUGAAAGGCAUGGAACGGCAGCAGAAAGAUUUAUAGCAGCAAAUAAAGCAUUAACAUUGUACCCUAAUAAUGAAAAUACAGCUAAUGGUAUAUCUUAUAAUAGUUCAUCAACUAUUGAUAAUACAACAAAUAAUAGUAAUAAUAAUUAUACUUCGAUAAAUAAUGAUAAUAAUUUAUUUUUAAAUAAUAUGAUGAUUUCAUCUACAAAUAUAACUAAAUUUCCCCAUGAUCCUAUCCCCCCUCCCCUUAUUAAUUCUUUCUUUCCAACCAAUCCACCACCACCUCUUUCAUCCAAUUUUAUGCCACCAACUCAUAUUAACAUACCACCAAAUACAAGAUCGAAUAAUUCGUAUAUAAUGCCCUCAAAGGUUAUCAGUAAAAUGGUGGGUAGUAUGCAACAGAAUAUGUCACCAAACAUGCCACCAAAUAUGUCACCAAACAUGCCUCCAAAUAUGUCACCAAACAUGCCUCCAAAUAUGUCACCAAACAUGCCUCCAAAUAUGUCACCAAUCAUGCCGCCAAAUAUGUCACCAAUCAUGCCGCCAAACAUACCUCCAAACAUGCCGCCAAUUAUGCCUCCAAUUAUGCCCCCUAACAUACCUUCAAAUUUUCCUCCAAAUUUUCCUCCAAAUUUUCCUCCAAAUUUUCCUCCAAAUUUUCCACCAAAUUUUCCACCAAAUUUUCCACCAAAUUUUCCACCAAAUAUUCCACCAAAUAUUCCUCUAAACGUGCCUCCUACUAUACCACCCACUAUGCCACCAAACUUGCCCCCCAUUUCGCCGGACGAAGGAACUUCAAAUGCAACAUCGAAUGUUGAAACUAAUCAAGUGAAAGAAAGUAAGGAAUGUAUAAACACCGAAAAUCAUGAUUAA